AUUCAUUUUUAGAAAUAACCUAAUUCAUAAAAAUCUACGCCUCUCUACCUGAUUGUUCAAAAGAAAGAAAAGAAAAGAAAAAAAGAUUCUGUAAAUUGCUAUCUUAUCCCGCCAUCAUGGACGGCCAAAAAACUACGCUCGAAUCUCUCAUCGAGAAGGCUUCUUUAAAAGCAUUUAACUCCCAAAGCGACGGGUCAUCUCGCUCAGAAGGCCAGCAGGAACUUAGCUCAGUCUUAUCCAGGUCCAAUACUAUGGCUCUCAUGUCUGCUCUGAGCAAGUUGACCCAGCCCGAUCGAGUUCCGUCAUGGGUUCGAGUCCAUCUGAUGGAUAUACUCACCUUGCUCCCCCAGCGGGCUGAUGGCGUUCGGGCUACCCUAGAAUUCGUCUUCUCCGUCCAUCCUUCGAGCACUGUCAGAGCAUCCGAGGCGGCCGCACCUCAGAAACAAGGCGCCAAUAUCACUAUGGAAGCCCUAAAGCUCGCCUCCAGUCUAUUGUCUACGCCUCCUAAUACCGUUCCACCGGAGCAGUGGUUUCCCGGCAUCGCCCCCCAGCUCUUGGCACUUCUUGAUGGGAAAGACGGUGCAGACCUUGCGAAGGCAGCCGCCUAUGUGAUAGGUUUCGGUGUAUUAGGGAGAAGGCAAUUUGGGGCUCCUGGAACGCCCGGAUGGAAAGCGUUUGCGGAACCGAUGCUCGCCAAGAUUAAUCCUACCCUAUCAUCCGAGAAGCUUACGGAAGAGUCUCUAGCGCUCAGCGCCAGCGCUGAUGAGGUUGUUGACUUACGCAAAGAAGUUAUCCUUGUUGAAGCGGAGGAUUUGCGUACCGCGCUGAAACGCUUGUCUUCUCUACUAGAUUCGCAUCCAAAUCCCGGCUUGACAAAGAGAUUGCUUGCUCCGUUAAUGCUUCAGCUCUGGGCAUUAUCCUCGUGGCCGCCAGCGAGCAAGGAGUUCGACGAGCAAUAUAGACGCCCCACAAGCACACUCCUAAACAUAUAUCUAAAGAUUUCGGGCUCACCGGAAAAGUUUCAGGCGCUUCUUCGCGACCUCCUCACAAGUGGCAGUACUGACGCAUCUAACCCUCGGUGGACUUUUGAUAAAGUCGGGGACUCUAAUGUCCAGAUAAAGAGUCUACGGGAAAGCACAAAUAACGCAAAUCUCGAGUUGAACCUGGGCCUCUUAGAAUCGAAAUCAGAAGCUUUUCUAGAUCUUUUGCAAUCGGUCGGGACUGACUCAGAUAUAUCGACACUAUUUCUUAGACUAUUGCAGGAUUCGCUCGAGUCAAGGGAAUCUACGCAGGAGAUCAAAUUGAUCCCAGAGGCUGGGAAAGAAAAAGACCCCACAGUACAACUCAUCGAAGCGAAAGUACUCCAGAAAAUGAUGGAGAAACUAUCCGACCGACUAGUCUCGAGCUGGAAACAAAUGCUCGAACUCGUUAGCCAAAUAUUGAGAGAGUCUGAAAGUUCAUCAGCUGCAGCCAACGAUGACGCUACGCCUGUAGCGCUCAGCCUGUUGAAUCUCGUAGUCACAGCCCCCGGUUUCCAGAAAGCAAAUGUACGCAGUGAUGUUCUCGCUUCUAUAGAGGGUUCCCUCGAAAAGAUAAGCCAACUGCAAGCGGAAGAUGUUUCGCAGACGGCCCGAAACCUUUCCCUCCUCCUCAAGUACCGAGAUGCCAUAGAAGAUCCGUCCGAACGGAUGACGGCGCCCACGGAUCGCCAAGUAGAAGAUCGCAAGACAUACAACUUAGCCAUAUCCUACAUCACGCAAGCAGACUCGCCCCCGCCGGUGCGCACGGAGGGUCUGAACUUACUGUCCGGCUUGAUACGAGCUGGCAGCCCUAUUCUCGAUGUCCAGGCCACUCUGGUCCUUCUCUCGUCGCUCCUAAAUGAAGACGACGACUACGUUAAUUUGACCGUGAUAAAACUAUUUACCCAGCUUUCCAAUAGACACCCUCGCUCAACCACAAAGGAGAUCCUGGAGCACUAUGUAGACGCGAACGAAUUGGAAACCACUGACGCUCGUUUGCGGUUUGGCGAGGCAUUACUCCAAGUAGUCCAGCGCCUUGGUGAGACUUUCUCGGGCGAGACAGCACGGCAAGUAGGCGAAGCGCUCCUCGCGAUUGCAGGGCGGCGCGCUCAACGUCCCAAAACAAAGGCAAAACAAGACCGCGAGGAACGGCUCAAACAGCUGAAGAAUAAGGCGGCUCAGGAUGCUUGGCAGGGUGAGGUACCCGACCUCAGCGAACUCGAAGACGAUCAGACGGAGGACGAAAAAGCGCGCAGCGAGUUGAUAGCACAGAUUAUAUCGGGAUGGGAGAGCAAGCGCGGCGCCGAGGAUGUGCGCAUGCGCGCCUCGGCUCUAUCCGUGUUCUCGGUUGCUAUCGAGACUAACAUUGCCGGUUUGGGUGCGCCUCUCGUUGAGGCAUCUGUUGACUUGUGUCUCAACGUUCUGACCCUCGAAUCGGGCCCGGAGACUGGUAUACUUCGUCGAGCUGCUAUCAUACUCAUCUUGCACUUCGUACGGUCUCUCGCGGACGCACGCGAGAGCGGCAGGCGCCUCGGCUUCGGGUUAACCGACUCAAGCCGGCAGGAUAUUGCGCGCGUGCUGGAAUAUGUAGCUCAGACGGACACCGAUGGAUUGGUGCAGCAGCACGCGCGAGAUGUCGUAGAGAGCCUACAUAAUUGGCAGUUGAGAACUUUGGUACCUCCUGCCGCAGAGGUUCCGGGUGGUCCGAAUACUUCGGCGUUGACGCGGUUAGCUGGUUUGGAUAUAGGGGCUGCUCCAAGUUUGCCUUCCCUGGAGCCGAGGGCGAGACCUAAGAUUGAAGAGGUUGACUAGCUAGCCUGCCUAUAUGGUUAAGCUACGGUCAUAACGCACUAUGCAGAGAUUGGUGGGAUUCAUAUUUUGCGCUCAUUUCACUCCUCGCUCUGACAGAUAAACGUUUAUGUACUAGAAAUAGGAAUCUACUAUUGGAUAUAUCUUCAUAGUCUAUCACAUCAAGUUCUAGGCAUGAGUUAUUGGUACUCCACAG